AGAAAGCGAUGUGCAUGGAAGCUAAUGGAAUCAAAGAAUUCCAGUGAGUAGAUUCUCGAAAGCCAACUCGAAGACUGAAAGGGGCAAAUGGGGGUUUUGACCGGCAGGUGCGUCUAUGUCAAUCGUCUGUUGCUGUCCCAUCCUUGAAUGUGUCUACUGUUUGGCCUGUGCCCGUUGGGUAUGGCAGAAAUGUCUAUACACUGCAGGCCAUGAAAGUGAGCACUGGGGUUUAGCCACAGCUGAGGAAUUUGAGGCAGUGCCACGCCUUUGUCGUCUAAUUUUAUCAGUUUAUGAAGAUGAUCUUCAUAAUCCUCUUUGGGCUCCCCCUGGAGGCUAUGGCAUUGAACCUGAUUGGGUUAUCUUAAGAAAAAAUGACCAAGAAACUCAAGGCCGAGCUCCUCCUUACAUGAUUUACUUGGAUCACGAUCAUGCUGAUAUCGUCUUGGCUGUCAGGGGACUUAAUUUAGCAAAGGAAAGUGAUUAUGCUGUUUUGCUUGAUAACAAACUUGGGCAGGCAAAAUUUGAUGGUGGCUAUGUGCACAAUGGGCUAUUGAAGGCCGCAGGAUGGGUUUUUGAUGCCGAGUGUGAGGUUUUAAGGGAAUUACUUGAGAAGAAUCCAAGUUACACUUUGACAUUUGCUGGGCAUUCCCUUGGGGCAGGGGUGGUGGCAUUGUUGGUGAUGGUUGCAGUUAAAAAUCGUGGCAAAUUGGGAUUCAUGGAGAGGAAGCGGAUUAGAUGCUAUGCCAUUGCUCCUGCUAGGUGUAUGUCUCUCAAUUUGGCCGUUAGAUAUGCGGAUGUUAUCAAUUCUGUUGUGCUUCAGGAUGAUUUUUUACCUCGAACAACCACCGCUUUGGAAGAUGUUUUCAAAUCACUCUUCUGUUUACCAUGUUUGUUGUGCCUAAUUUGCUUGAAGGACACUUGCACAGUGGAGGAGAAGAUGCUUAAAGAUCCAAGGCGGCUGUAUGCACCUGGUCGCCUGUACCACAUUGUAGAAAGAAAGCCCUGCAGGAUAGGAAGAUAUCCCCCAGUGGUGAGGACAGCAGUACCUGUUGAUGGAAGGUUUGAGCAUAUAGUUCUAUCCUGCAAUGCAACCUCUGACCAUGCCAUUAUUUGGAUAGAGAGAGAGUCCCAAAGAGCCCUUGAUUUGAUGCUGGAGAAAGAUGGGAUGAUGCAGAUUCCUGCAAAGCAGAAAAUGGAGCGACAGGAGUCUCUUGCUCGAGAACACAGUGAAGAGCACAAGGCAGCUAUGCGGAGGGCAGUUGCUUUGGAUAUCCCUCAAGCUUACACGCCUUUGUCAUAUGGAACAUUCCAUGAAAUGGAAGAAGCUGAAUUUUCUGGUAGAUCAAGUGAGGAGGUAACUGAGUUAUCAUCUAGGAAAAGAAGGGAGAGUUGGGAUGAAUUUGUAGAGCGCCUUUUUGAGGUAGAUGAGUCUGGCCACAUGGUGUUCAAGAAGUCUGUUUCAUAGAACAAUGCUCAACCUCACUCCAUCCCCAUUCCCCACCCCACCUCGCUUCCCAAACUAAAAAAAAAACCCUGCAAGAUGCAUUCUUUCAUGCACGCCACAAUUCAUUGCUUGAUUACCAAAUAUGGAAUUAUUAUAAGAAUGAUAGAAAGUUUGUACAUAAAAGUAAAUCAAUUUUAUCAAAGUAGAGCAACCCUUUUUCUUGA